AUGUCUGUACCUCUAUCUGCCUACUCGCCCUCCCCCGCCCCUUCAGCCCUAGCUCCCUUCGUAGGAGUCCCAGCAGCAGUACCCCGUCUUGCCCCUGUUCGCCAGCAAGCCCUGGAACUGUCAAGUCUGCAUACCAUCCUUCCUCCCCAGCCUCGCAAACUUGUCCUUCGACUCCCCCUCCUUCCCAUCAUCUCCAUACUACUGCGCCAUUGUCUCUUCCAUCCUCCCACUCUCCCGUAUCCCAUACCAUCCCCAUCCCCAUCCCCAUCCCCAUCCCCUACUUCAUCAGCGUGGGCAGAGCCCCCGCCAACGCACACCCAAAGCCCAUCCUCCCCUCCUUCGCCGCCCUCACCCUCGACCCCUCCCUCCAUUCCGGCGCCGGUCCGACCGUCACAUGAUACCGACCUACUCUUGUAUCCAUUCACUCGCUUCCGUCCCUCGUUCAGCGCGAUUCAUUUCCUGAACUUGCUCGUCCCCGAGCUCCGAUUAGACGAAGCGCUGCUGGUCAGCCGCAAGAUCGCUCUGCUUCAAAGAGUCUUUCUCAAAAAACUGCCCAUCGCAUUGUCGCUGCAUAGUCUGAGCUUUGCAAGUUCAUUUCAGUUUCCCAUACGCCCAAGCUGACAUGCUCCCAGGUCAACGAUCCCAAAACUCUGGCCCGGUGCCCUCAAGUCUCCCACUACUGGAAUGCCUUGCUGCAAGACGCCGCCACCUGGCGCUACCACUUUUCCCUGCACCAUCUCCCCGACGGCCCCGCAUCUCUAGCAGCCCUUCUCAUGGAACACCACAGGGGCAUCGUCCAAAGCGUCGGGACUGAAAAGGAACCUAGGCAUGCUGCCAGGCAUGCGGUCAAACUCGUCCUCCUCGUCGGCAUCCCCUCAUCCUUCGUCGCACAAGAGUCAGAGCAAGAAUAGGAAAAAGCUGGAACAGUCGUUGAGUCGGCGACGCCCGAGUGUGGCGGCGGGCUUGUCUCUGCGUCCAGCAACAGGGAAGCGCGUCGCGUUUCUUCUCUGCUGGUGGUGUCAUAAGCAAGAGUAGGUGUGCAUGAACAAUCCAACUAUUCGGAGGCCUUCGUUGCCAGCGGCAAGACGGUCGUCGUUGUGAGAAGACUGAGUGCUGCGAUGUCGGCUGCAGGCGGGACUGUCUGUCGUAACGUCCGUACCAUACCUAGUCAUACCGACUGACGUAGUACGUACUUAUGUAUGUACAUCUAGCCAAGUAGGAUUGCCAAGGGCAGGACAGGUCAAUCAAAGAAUGUAAUACGGUUGUUGGAAUGCAC